GUCAUCGCUCAGGUAGAGCCGCCAAACUGACGGGUUCGUUCUGAACUUUCCGUCACUCGUCCUGUCUUCUUGCGGUGCACGGAUCACAAAAAUUAUUAAUAUUAUUGUUCUUGGAGGUCAAAGUGUUUGUGUUAUUUCUGUGCGUGCCAUAAUGACGUCUGUACCGGGGUCCGACAGCAAUGGCAAGGUAGCUCCGAUGUGUUGCUGUAUGCCCAUCACUCCAGGACAAGUGGAACUUGAGGUGGACAGCUACAGUGAUAAGAAAGUGGAGCAGAGCUAUGAGGAGAAAACGUCCGGAAUGCAAUAUGGUAUUUCGGACAUCCCCCCUCCACACCUGUGCCUCCUGUUCGCUCUGCAGCACAUACUUCAGAGUAUCAGCUCUACCAUCACCGUCCCUCUGGUCACGUGCGUCUACUUCUGCGCUGGUGACCUUGACCUAGUUAAGUCAGAGGUCACGUCCACCUUCCUGUUCAUGUGUGGAGUCAGCACCAUCCUGCAGUGUCUGUUUGGCGUCCGGUUGUCAAUUCUGCAAGGAGGCUGUCACAAAUUCCUGCCUGCCAUCGGUGCUCUCAUGAGUGUUGACAUUUGGAAGUGUCCGGAUAUGGCGCCCUAUCUAGCGGCCAACUCCACACUGGACGCCGGGGACGUCUGGAAGCCCAGGAUGAGAGAGAUACAAGGCGGCAUCAUGCUCGCCUCUGUAGUCCAGGUGCUCCUGGGCUGUACCGGUCUGAUCGGCCUCCUGCUCCGCUACAUCGGACCCAUCACCAUCGUGCCCACCAUCAGCCUCGUCGGCCUCUCUCUCGUGGGUGUCGCUCUCCGCUUCUGCCAGGCACACUGGGGCAUCAGCACUAUGACGAUUGCUCUUCUGCUGCUGUUCUCCCAGUACCUGCCCAACCUUAACGUGCCUGUGCCGUCGUGGAGAAAGGACAAAGGAUGUCACGUGGCCAAACUGCCCAUUUUCAAACUGAUGCCUGUGAUCCUAGCCGUGAUCGUGUCCUGGGGCCUGUGUGCCAUCCUCACCGUGUGUGACGUCGCCCCCGCGGCCAUCAGAACCGACCAGAAACGCCAGGCUGUGGAGACCGCCUCCUGGUUCUUCUGGCCCUACCCAGGACAAUGGGGUAUGCCUACAGUCAGCGUCGCGGGCUUUGUGGCAAUGUUGGCCGUCACCCUCGCCUCCAUGAUCGAGUCUGUCGGAGACUACUACGCAUGCGCCAGGAUCUCUGAGGUGCCCCCUCCACCCGCCCACGCCGUGAAUAGGGGCGUCACCAUGGAAGGCUUCAGCAGUCUUCUGUCAGGUCUUAUCGGCUCUGGGGGCGCAACUACCUCCUACAGUCAGAAUGUGGGCACCAUAGGGUUAACCAGGGUGGCGAGCAGAUCUGUCAUGAUAACGGCUGGCUUCAUCUUCCUGAUCGGAGGUGUGAUCGGCAAGUUUGGCGCCUUUCUCGUCUCCAUGCCAGACCCGGUGUUGGGUGGCGUGGUUCUGGUCAGUUUCGGACUGGUCACUUCUGUGGGGCUGUCCACUCUGAGCUUCGUGGACCUGUCGUCGUCCCGGAACUUGACCAUCAUCGGAACCUCUCUAUUGAUGGGGCUCAUGGUGCCACGGUUUCUGGAGGGAAAUCCGAACGCGAUCAAAACAGGAAAUGAGGACGUCGACCGUGUAAUCACCGUGCUCCUGGGUACCUCCAUGUUUGUGGGCGGGGUCAUCGCCUUUGUUCUGGACAACACUGUGCCAGGAACCAUGACGGAGCGAGGUCUUCUGAAGUGGCGCCAAGUCUCCGGCACGCUCUCAGGAGCAGACGUCGACAAGAGCAGACGACACAGUGACGUCACCGGCGACAAAGACUCCCCGCCACCGUCAGACAAACACGACCACAACGACCACAACAACGACAACGACAACGACAACGACGACGACAAGCAGCAGGCACUAGCAGACGAGAACCUCCACUACGCUGGCGGCAUCUACAACCUCCCUUUCAUCACCCCGCUCAUCCGGAGAGUCCACUGUUUCCGGUUCUGGCCCAUCUCGCCGACCUUCCUAUACGGAAACGUUAGCUGUGGGGGCUGUUGUGGCGGGAGGAGGAAGGAGAAGAGUCGGGUGGUUUGAAAUGUCUGAAUCCCGUCAGCUUUUCAUUAAAAGAAUAAGAUAUGUAUUUAAUUAAUUAGAUCUAGUAGUAGUACUUUGUGUAUUAUUAUAUUUUAAUGAGAUGUAUGCAAUGGGAUAAAGAUCUGACAUACAUGUACCUCAUGUAUAAAGUUUUUGAUCCAAAAUCGAUUAUUUUGAAGCAUUUCCCCAACAAUUCACCCAAAGUUAAUGUAAGCAUAAUCUAUGUAAUUCUUUCCUGAAAAAAGGAAAGUCCCAUUUUUCUCCAAAGUACUCAGGACGGACUAUAGACUUUUCUCGUUGUUCUGGACCAAUAAGGAUAAGUGUCAAUUCCAUAGUACAUAAGAACACCAUUGGUUCUUUUUUUAGACAUGCACUUUUUAAGCGAAAGCGCUAAUGAAUUGCACAGAGAGGGAACAAGAGAUCUUUACCUUUCAAAGGUCUGUAAACAUCUUACAACUAGUAAAUGCUCAUCUCAUCUUCAGAAAUAUAACUGGCAAAAAAGAAUCCAUUGCCUGUGUCAUUCGAUGCAAAGGUUAUCCUUGUCAUCCUGCUGCAACCCC